AUGGCCGAAUUGAUAGCUAUCGCAGGUGGCAUUGCAGCUAUCGUGCAACUCGCUGGAACGGGAAGACGGCUCUGCAAAAUAUUGCACCAGUUUGCUACGGACGCCGGUGCCGCUGGCGUCGAGGUGAGACGCUUUGCGAACCAAGUCCGGACGUUUUCAGACUCGAUCGAGCUCGCUGAGCGGACUUUGUUCAUCUACUGCCGGGAUCACCGCACGUCUCGUCUUGUGGCUGACAUGGAAGAGCGCAAUAUACUCGCCAACAUCGAUUAUGAGGCCGAAACCGUCCGAGCGCACCUUCGGGCCAUCCGCGACCGGGUCCUCAACAUGAAGAGCAGAUCGGUACUAUGGGCAACCAUCAAGUGGCGUUUCAACAAGGCUUCGAUAUUGGAGUUGUCCCCUGAGAUGGAGAGCGUCAAGACCAACCUGAACCUCAUAAUCGCCACGACCCAAUUCGAGGCCCUAACGACAGUGGUUGACGCCGGGAUCGCAUCCAACAGUGAAGAGCCAAACGGGGAGCUUCAAACGCAGAUGUGA